CUGGGUUUCCCUCAUCGAAAAAAAACAUAGUGUUUUGGUGCUGACGUUUUCUAACCUGCUGAAAAUGAACAAAUCAGUGUUUUUAGUCACAUUUUCCCUUCUUGCCUGCCUGUCCAGGGCGGAAUACUCAACGCAAGACUGCCGAGAAUUGGGCUUCAUCAAGAGUCAAUUGCUGUGUUCAUCGUGUGAUAACUUGGAUUUUGCUCUCCAGGAACUCAAAGACAUUUGUCUGGAGUGUUGUCAGAAAGAUAAUGACUCACCUGUGAGCCGGAAGUAUCCAAAGGCCAUCCUGGAAGUUUGCACCUGCAAAUUCGGCGCAUAUCCCCAGAUUCAGGCAUUCAUCAAGAGCGAUCGCCCGCUGAAGUUCCCCAAUCUGCAGAUCAAGUACUUGCGCGGACUGGAUCCCACCGUGAAACUCCUGGACAAGACGGGAGCCGUGAAGGAAGUUCUGUCCAUCACCAAGUGGAACACCGACACGGUGCAGGAGUUCUUCGAGACACACCUGGAGAAAGAGAACGCAGGUGACGAUGAGGAAGAUUAUCUAAAGACGAACCGUGUAUAGCCGCGUGUAGGCAUAAACAGAGAGAAUAGAUAAAGUUGCGAAAAGAGGUUGAAAA